UUUAUUGCGUCUGCGACCUUAUCGUCAGACAUCAGUGGCCAAUCGGAGGAACCAAAAGCUUGCAGCCCGCUAUUAUGGCCCAUUUUUAAUCUCUGAAAAAAUUGGCAUGGUGGCGUAUAGGUUGGCUUUGCCUGAGACUGCUAAGAUACACAAUGUUUUCCAUGUAUCCUUGUUGAAACCUUUUAAGGGGGAGUUGGGAACUGAAAUAGCUAUGCUGCCACCAGACAUGAUGGCGGAACAACCAGCAGUCGGGCCGGAAGCUGUGAUAGGAAGAAGGACCAUCUUCAAAAAAGGCCAGCCAGUCGAAGAGCUACUUGUACGAUGGGAAGGUGGAGAGGAUUCUGAUGCCACAUGGGAGGAUCGACGCCGAUUCCAGGAGGAGUUCCCAAUGAUCGACCUUGAGGACAAGAAGAAGUUGAAAACCCAAAGCAAGUCUCUUCCAAUCUCUGUUCUCUCUAUACUAAUUGUCUCAGGAGUCUGUAUCCACUCGAAGCGAUACGUUGGUAUCGUCUUAACAAUUUGGAGUCUGUAUCCACUCGAAGCGAUACGUUGGUAUCGUCUUAACAAUUUGGUGCUUCCAUUGAGAGAUGACGACGCCACCAGAUCCCAAUUCCGCAGCAGCUUUGGCCGCAACCAUGGAGAAGCGACUGACGGAGAUGUUUCAGGAGUUUGCCGAGAUCCAGAGAGAAUUCAUGGGGGUGGGGAAAAUGCACCUGGGUAUCGAAGGUUCAAGAUGGAUCCACCGGUGACUGACGGAUCCGACCCACACACGUGGUUGUUUAAAGCCACUGAAUUCUUUGAGUUCAACGCCAUUCCGAAGGAGGAACGCUUGAAGGUGACAGGAUUGAUGCUCGACGGCGCCGCGGUGGAAUGGUUUCGGCGGAUGAAGCGGAAUGAAUUAGUUAAUACCUGGGCAGAUUUUGAAGAGCAAUUCAAAUUCCGUUUUGAUCCCGAAAUGUACGAGGACUACUUUGGUCUCCUAUCCAAGUUGCAGCAAACAACGACCACCAUGGCCUAUCAAACAGAGUUUGAAAGAUUGUUGAACAAGGUGGAAGGAGUUCCUGAAACCACGUUAAUUUCAGUUUACAUUUCUGGGUUGAAAGACCCAGUCCGCAGAGAGCUGCGAGUGAACCGGCCCAGUACUCUGAAUGGAGCCUUCGCUCUUACCCGCGAAACGGCUGCUAAAUAUGAAGAACUCCAGCAACCAGCCCGCAAGAACUGGACUCCCACAUACAAUAAGUCCACUAAUCAAUCCAAUCCAGACCCAACAAAGCCCCUUGGCCCGUACAUACCUCCAAGCAAAGAACCACUCUUGGCUACUCCCAGACCAGCAAAACCACUUCGGAGGAUAUCACCAGCGGAGAAAGCAGAAAAGGACGCACGUGGGGAAUGCUACUUUUGCCCCGAGAAGUGGUCUCGUGGUCACCAUUGUAACGGUCGAUACUAUUUGCUAGUGACAAACGAGAAUGAGGAAGGCGGAGCUGAAUAUGAUGAUGAACCCGAGACCAUCUUUAAAGGAGAUGUGUCUGUUCUACAAAGCCUAGCAGGAUCACCGACACCCAUAUCCAUUAGGUUGAAGGGAGAAAUCCACGGCCAAACAGUUGACGUGUUGGUAGACGGAGGAAGUACUCACAACUUCAUCCAUCCAAAGACGGCGGAGUGACUAAAAUUACCAAUAAUCAGUACUGAAGCAUUUCGAGUCUAUGUCGGGAACGGCGACUCCCUAACUUGCCAAGCUCGAUGUACACAAGUGCCGAUGAUGGUCCAGAAUAACAAAUUUGUUGUGGAUUU